AUGCUGUCCGACUUCGACUCCGAUCUCACCGAGCUAUCUUCCGACGAGGAGGAGUAUAUCCCGGCCUCGCAGAAGAAAAGGGCUCCAGCAAAGGCCAAGAAUGACUACAAGAUCCAGAAUGCUCUUAGACCACCUCGCACCACUUCUUACACCGCCAAAAGUCUAUAUGACCAGAUAAUUGAUAACUCCAUUCGAUUAGAUCCCGAAUAUCAGCGAGAGGUUGUUUGGUCAGAGUCGAAACAGGUAGGCUUGAUCGACUCCAUUCUUAGAAAUUACUAUAUACCCCCUAUCAUCUUCGCUGUGAAUUCUCAAGAUGAUGGGACUGAGACCCGCGUAUGUAUUGAUGGCAAGCAACGUUUGACCUCCAUACAGUUGUUCAUGGAUGGUCUGAUUUGUCAUAAAGACUCAUGCACGAACAAGAAAUAUUGGUACAGAAAUGGCCCUGGACCAAAACGAGCACUGUUGCCGAAGCAAUAUAUGCAGACAUUUGCUAAUAAACAGAUCGUUUGCGUCGAAUAUGACGGGCUGAAUGAUGAUCAAGAACGAGAGAUUUUCCAGCGGGUCCAGCUAGGUGUAGCGUUGACCCCGGCAGAACGAAUGCAAGCGAUUACCGGUCCAUUGCCCACUCUCAUUCGAGAAAUUCAGUCGAAGCUACUUGGUGAAGGAGGUUUCGGCAACGACUUGGAUUGGGGUCGAGCUCGAGGCCGAGACUUUCAAUGUCUGGCUUCAGUUGUCUUCCUCAUCGAUGCUCAUCCAACUACCAAAUUUCCGGGGGCCCAACAAUUGGAGAAGUGGCUACAGUCGAACGCGCCUGUGCCCGAGAAGUUCCGUAACGACGUGAUGGACAGUUUCAAGAUCUUUGUGGCCCUUGUCAAAGAUAAGAGGUGUCCUCAUAUACCUGAAUCGGACGAAGUUUUCUCUGAUGCAGCUGUCGUCACCAAGACCAUGUUCGACUUCAUCACGAAGGGUCUCAAGCUCUUAGAUUUGAAGACUGAAGAUGAUGAUGUUGUGGCUGCUACGGCAAUUAGGUCGUCUGUGUCAGCACCUCGGAAGAUGCAGAAAAGGAAGAGAAUUGAAUCAAGCAGUGAUUCGGAAGACGACAAGCCACUGAAAAAGCUAUCUCCGAAAUCGUCGACCAGCCGUGUGGCGACUUCCAAGUCUCAGGCGCGCCAUACUGCGGUGAAGAAACCAGCUGCGAAAGUAUCAGCGUCUUCCAAGGCAACCACUGCGAAGUCAGCUUCAAGCAGUAAAAUGCCCGUUAAAACAUCUCCCUCGGCGAAGCCUCAGAAGGUAGCCACCUCAACCACUACUGUGCGAACGAUCACUACUGCGCGAACGACCACUACUGCGACCACUACUGCUCGUGCUCGAACGACUGUUUCUCAGGCUCAAGCUCGUACUCAACCUGCACAAAGUCCUUCCUCCCCUGCGGUGCGAACACGUGAACAAGCCACAGGUAGCCCACUGGAUCACCUACGUCUCACAGCAGCUUCACCGAGGCAAUCUGCCGCAUCGGCUUCGACCUUAUCAUCAUCAUGCCUUCCUCACAGCAAAUCCCCGACCACUCUCGCCCCCUUACCUACUUCAGCCCCCAAUACUCCGGUUCAAGCGCAGUUGCCGAUGAAGCGCGAGCCUGAUUCCAAGAGUGUAGAAUUACCGAGAGGCACCGGGAAUGCCUCUCCUGGACCGUCACCGGCUCAUCGGCUCGCUCCUCUUUGGGAGGCAAAAGCUAGUCUUGGUACCAGUGCUGCUACUACACGAACACCCGAGGCUGAGAAUGGGACCGCUGCCGCUACUAGUGCAGGUCAUCUUGCCAACAAUGUUCUGGAUGGGCUACCCCCAAUCAGGUCUGAUCGGCCGCGAUUGGCAUCCAUCGACACGAGCUUUGUUGCAGCACAGCAGUUGCAGAGGCAGCCCACAGAGCGAUCUGAGCUAGCGACGCCUGUCGUUCCUCCGGUCCAGACCAUUGAUCAGGCUUCCAUUGAGCAGAUUUUGGCCAUGCAUGGUAUCGGGCAGGCAGAGCAGGCACCCAUUCCACCGCAGCUUCCUCGUCUGCAGCCGAAUGGAGCCAAUCAGCCUCCACAGCAAGUUGCUUCUCCCCAAUCCUCGCAGAUUCUGGCAUCAUCAUUCAGUGCUAUGACUGACGGGAUGAAACAAGUACGACCUCCACAUCUAUCUGUUGACGGUCAGGCAGUCCAGGCAUCAUUGGUCCCGCCGUCAGUCGCGAUGAACAGGAACGGCACACAAAUUCCUGCUACUUCUCCGACCGAUCCGAGUUAUUCGCCACCGCCACCACCACCUCCCCAAUUGGCACCACCUGCACCUCCCGAUGCAGUACCUCCUCCUCUCCCCCAUCCGACUUCGCCACCGCCACCCGCACCUCCUGUUCUCUCUCUUACAGAUACACAGGCGACCAAUGUUGGCGUCGGGAAGCCUCUUCUUCCUCCUCCCGAGUUGCCGGGACUGGCAACAGGGUCAACCAUUCCAGCGAAAAGGGCGAACCCAUUCGUAUAUAAGACUGAGCCCCGAUCUCCAUCCUUGACGGCCUCUUCUUCGAGCCCACGACUUAGCAAGCCCGAUACGCUAUCACUGGUAAAUGGCCGUUCUCGGUCUGGUGCCAACAGCGCUUCGCCGUCGUUACCCACGGCGUCUACUGGGCCGCGAGGUACACCUUCCUCUACUCAGUCCGGACCGCCGAUGACUGCACCUCUCGGUCCUCACGCACCACUCGACUCUCAUCGAAUGUCGACGGGCAGUUCCUUCGUUGAACGUCCGCGUGAUCCACGCUUUGGCCGUUCCUCAUUUGCCUACGGCGAGAAUGAGAGAGACCAGACCGGAAUAGAGAUUGGGACAGAGACUGGGACAGAGAUAGAGGCAGGAAAUGGGACAGGGAUAGAGAUUAUCGUGGAUACUGGGACGAGAGAGAUUGCAGUCGAGACCGAUGGCGAAGACGGGACUAUAGUAGGGACAGCUCCCGGGAACGGAUGCGAACCAGGUAUUGAUAUUAUUGCUAAUCUGCGAGAGUCUAGCAUGCUCUGA